GACCUCUUGAGAAAGCUUGACAUUCAUGGAUACGCAUCACACCCGGAUCAAUGGAGGUCAAGACAAGCAUCAAAACAGACAGCUUAUAAUGAAUUUCGGGCCAUAUUUGGCUCAAGUGGAGCCAAAUCUUCUGGAGAUGACAGCUUUCCUACAGACACUUGACACUUCCAAACGAACAUCACGCACUGCAGACAUAAAGCAAAUGCGAAAAGAUAUUGAUUCUCGCCUGAGUUCCGCUGUACCGUCCUUGUUGAAGUUCGAUUUUGAGCAACACGAAAAAAGAGCUGAACGUCAUAGUUACAAAGGAAAUGAUUUGAAGAAGAGAAAGGGUCCUGGUGAAUUCAGCAGUGCCCAUGUUGCCAGUAAAGCUACUGAGAAGGAAGCCGAGAAUGAGAGACCCUUCAACUGUUUUGACAAGUCAGAUGAGAAACGGCGCAGAAAGGAUGACCCUUCAAAGGUUUCUAAAAAGAAACCAAAGAAAUGUUGAUUACUUGGCUUUCCUUUUGCCAGACGUCGUAAUAUGUGCCUUUAAGCUGAAUAUUGUUGAGUUCUUUUAUUGUCUCCACUUUUUGCUUCUUUUUUGUAACCUUAAGUUAUCGAGUCUGUUUAGCUGAGAGUCUGAGGCUUAAGUUCUUACAAGGAGUUGAUGGUCACAUUUCACUGUGUAGCUGCACUAUGAGCACAGAGAAUCAUAUCUCAUAGGAGAAAACCAUGUAUUUACAUUCGUCAAAGAUGGCAUUCUGAGAGUUCCCCCAGACAAAAGAAAUCGUAUUCUUUCACUAUCAAUUUCGGUACAA